CUUUCAAAACUCUUUUCUUAGACUAGUAACCUGCUCUCAUCUUGUAGCGCCUUUGAAACUAACUGAAAGACAUUGGCAGCAUUUGUCUGUCUGUACCUGGACAAGUUUCUUGAAGAAGUUGAUGGAUUUCCAUUCCGUUCGGCUAAAUUUGGUGCUUUCCAUAGUUGUAGAAUUCAAAGCUAUAGCCGUGUUAGUCUCUAGAAUCAGUACAUGAAGAGAUCUUGUAACACCUUUGAGACUCACUGAAAGAAAGCAAUUGUCAGCAUAAAACAGAAGUGUGAAUUCUGUUAAAGUUAUUUUGCCUGAAUCCUAACUAACCAUUCCCAGAACACAACUGCUUCUUAAACUGAUAAAAAGUCUUCUCUGAUUCUGACUUUCUCCUCUCCUUUUACAGUCACUCCUUUGGCUGUUGAAGAAAUAGUGAUUUGCUACAAAACCAGAUCCUGUAUGAUCUUCAAAGAGGGUCAGCCCUGGUUAGAACUUGGAUGGGAGACCUCCAAUGAAUGCCAGGUCUGUGUGAAGAAGAAGAGAAGAGAGGUAUGGAGGAACAAUGGAUGGGUUUGCUGGCAAGCACAAUGAACCAAAGAAGGUCUCCAGAUACAUCUUUCAGAGUGGUCUACUUCAGAGGCUUAGAGCCUAUGGCCAGAAAAUGGAUCUGGUGACACCUGAGAUGAUCUACCACAGUGCAUCCUCCCUGAUCUUCUUAAAUGUCAUAUUUCUCAUUUGGGCUGAUACUGAAUUUGGCAAUAUCAAGCCAUGUUCUGCGAUGGAGGCUUCCACAGCAACUACUGCAGAAGAAGCAUCCAGCCCAGGAACAAAAAACCUAUCUGUAGACACUUUAAAAGAGAAGAAAAAAUGCAAUGUGCCAUGUGAUUUUCAAGCUAAAAUGUUAAGUGAAGAAAAAAAAUACAUGUGCCGGAAUUUGCAGAAUUCACUAAUUGAAUAUGCAAGAAGUACCAAGAAAAUGAUACGGAACAUGAUGGAUGAUCAUCAGUCUUCUCUGGAUUAUCUUUCCAAUCAGGUCAAUGAACUUAUGAGUCGGGUCAUGGCUUUAAAUGCAGACAUGUCUAGAAAACCAAUUGAUGUAUUUCCUCAUCGAGCUGUUCAGUCUCAUGGUUUGGACUGCAGCGAUAUUAAAGAUACGAUUGGCUCUGUUACAAAAACUCCAAGUGGCCUCUACAUAAUCCAUCCAGAAGGAUCAAGUUACCCCUUUGAGGUACUAUGUGAGAUGGAUUUUAGAGGUGGAGGAUGGACAGUGAUUCAGAAGAGAACAGAGGGAAUAGUUGAAUUUCAGAGGACAUGGUCUGACUAUCUGGAUGGCUUUGGUGAUCUUUCAGCGGAAUUUUGGCUUGGGCUCAGAAAAAUUUUCCACAUAGUAAACCAGAAAACAGCCAGUUUCAUGCUUUAUGUGGGCUUGGAGUCUGAAGAUGACAUGUAUGCAUAUGCAUCGUAUGACAACUUCUGGUUAGAAGAUGAACUAUGCUCCUUUAAAAUACACCUAGGACGUUAUUCUGGAAAUGCUGGUGAUGCAUUUCGGGGAUACAGAAAAGAAGACAACCAGAAUACAUUACCUUUUAGUACAUAUGAUGUGGACAACGAUGGUUGUGAUCCAGUCUGUUCUUUUCAAGAGAAGUCUAUAAAGAGCUGCAGUAACUUUAGCGCAAAAACAGGCUGGUGGUUCAAUCAAUGUGGUCUUGCAAAUCUCAAUGGCAUUCACCGGGUCACAAGAAGGAUGCUGUCAACAGGGAUUCGGUGGGAUACCUGGACAACGGAUGGCAAACCGGUCAAAAUUAAAUCUGUUUCAAUGAAAAUCAGAAGAACAUAUUUCAAAUAACAGAAUGACAUAAAUGAAAUCUUUCUUUGUGAAAAAAGACUAUCUUAAAUUGUAACACACAGUUAUAGCAUAACAGUUCAUUUGUAGAAAUGUUAGUAUUUUGUACAUCACAUUACUUUGCAAUGGCCCUUCCUAGUACAAAUACAGUUAUGCUUCCA